CGUGGUGUCCACGUAGUACUCAUACAUGCGCGCAUAUAACCGUGUACAUGUGUCGCAUCCAUCCCGGAAAAAAUAGACACGCGAUGGAAAGCGUAAAUAUUUACAUCUUUUGAAUGGUCGUCGGCGUAAUUUUUUUUUAUUUGUAAAUCAUGAUUGACGGCAACAUCUCGAUGGAGGAGGACACGGAAUUACGGGACUUGGUGGUGCAGACUCUGGAGAAUAACGGCGUCCUUGCGAAAAUACGGGCGGAACUCAGAGCGAGUGUGUUCCUGGCGCUGGAAGAACAGGAUUCGGUGAUGAAUCCUGAACCACUUCUUAACAAAACUGUAAAGCAGUACCUGUCUAAUUCAGAAGGAAAAUUACUGUUUUCCUUGGUUAGAGAAUUCCUAGAAUAUUUUGGACUUGACUAUACAAUAUCUGUGUAUGAUCCUGAGACAUACUUUGGAAAAGAGUACAACUAUGUAGGGAGAAAUAAAUUGUGCGAAGAAUUAGGUAUUGAUUCAACUGAGCCAUUGCUAGGAGAAAUCCUGAAGAAUAGUGGUGCUUUUAAUUUACAAAAGAAUAAAAGUAGCAACAGACACAACGAGACAGAAGAAGAAGUUUCCACAAAUUUCGCAAAUGCAACAUUUGAGGUGUCCGUUCCUAAGAUAGUUCAUAACGAAUCCGUGUCGUCGCUGAACGACAAUGACUUCUCUGAAAAGUUGGAGAGCAUUUCCGAGCACAGUCCAAAAGUUCCAAUAAAUGUGACAAUAACAGACAAAAAGUGUAAAGAUCCGCAGCUUUAUAACAUUUUAACGGAAACGUUGGAUCAUCACGAACACGAAUCCAGAGAGAGUACAACAGACAUUGAGGGAAUUAAAGAUGAUAGGAAUAACGCGCAUUCUGACAGCAGCACCGAAAAUUCACCGGGCUCGUGUGCGACGAUGAACAAUCUGGUAGAGAAGAUCGAUACUGUGUGUAAUCCAACGGGUCCACUGAACAAAUCCGAGUCCUUAAUUAAGUUCGACGACUCCGUGUCGCUCGACACACAAACAAAUCAAAAUGAAAAUAUAAUUAAGCAGAACAGUAUAAAUAGUUCCGAUUUAAGUGUAGAGAAUAAUGUACAAAGUAAAAGACCGGUUAACACGGGAAACAAUCUUGGUAAAACCAUAUAUUUUGACGAGAUUAUUGUUGGCGGUGAGCGAAAGAACGUUAGUACAAUCAAUAGAGCCGAAUCGUUUUUGGAAAGUUUGCCUGCCAUAAAUCAGAAAGCCAAUUCUAUAUUCGGCGAUCUGCCCCCGUUGAAUGGCAAAAAAGCUAACAUCAACGAUCUGAAGGAAUUAAUGGAUAUUGGCCUUGGCACAGACAGUAUAGACAACUACGAAGAGGACUUUGUGUCGUCUGCAUCCGGUAGUGCGAAUGAACAAAGUCCUUUCAAGGAACCGAGUAAGAUGGACAGUCCUUUCAAAUCGCAAACGAAGAAAGAGGAGAAACCACCGAGUGCUCGUACUGAGGAUCUGAGCGAAGAGAUCGAAGAAGAAGACGAGAUCUUGAGUAGUACUUCCUGCCACGAAGAUACGAAUACGGAUAAGAAUAUAUCAAACUUUGCGACGGGUAUUACCGCGGAUUAUACAUAGAGGAGAUAUAAUUUUCAAUCAUGUUACUUAUAAGUCCUGUGUAAAAGAGAGUUUUUUGAGAGUUGUUUCUUUCGUAUAUAUAAUAUCGACAAGUUCGUCGUCGGAGCGUCACGGGUGUGUCUGUUAAUUGACUGCCGUGAGAAAAUUCAGGAAAACUCACAGAAUUGAACUUAUAGUUUCUAAUAAAGGCACUGCCAAGCUAUGGCUCAAUACUUAUAAGUUGCGCUGUAAACGUAGAAGGGAAAUGUCUGAUGCGUAUUUUCAGAGAAGUGACGUAUUUUUGUAUACGGUUUGUAAAAAAACAGCAAUACGCUACACAAAACUAUAACAGUUCGCAAUUACAAUACGUACAGAGUAGAACAAAGAUAUUAGCAGUUCCUGAAAAAUAGAUUUUUUCUAACAAAUAUCACAUAAUUAAGAGACAAAGAAACAGUAUAACUAAUUCACUUUAUUAAUGAACGUGUAAAAUAUAUUUUUACGAUUUAUUAUUGUGCGUAGGAAAGUGAAAAACCAUGUGUGUUAAUUACAAUAACAAAAACGAAACAAAAAACAAUAAAGUAAAUUACGUAUAUUACUUGUAAAAUUUAUUAUAUUUUGGAGUUUCGCGUAUUUUAAUGGAAUUUUAAUAACGAUGAAUUGAACGGAUAAAUCGUUUGAUUUGUUUUUUUAUACAUUUGACUUCAGACAGACUGCCUUCUACGUUAUUAUGUAAAAGUAUGCCUAGUAUUAUUACUCAUACAAGCAAAUUACAGGAAUGUUACAAUGGUAACUUUAAUAUUAGAGAGGAGUUGUGAAAAACACGAGUUACUACUUAUUAUUGAGUAACUUGAUUUCUCUCUUCCACCUUUUUUUAAGAAAAAAAAUCUUUCUCUAUACUAGUGUUUGUGUUUACUUUAAAAUAUCUCUUUGCUUUUAAUUUUACGACUGAACAUUUCUAUUACCUCAUUUAUAUACAUGUAUAAAGUUACUCUGGUACAUAAUAUUGUAACAAUUAUUAAAAAAAUGUAUACAUUAUAUCAGGAGAAAUCACAUCCGUCUAAACAAAAAAAAAAAAAACAAAAAAUGGAUUGCCUAAAAAGAAUCCAUCAAAUUAUUCUUUCGAAUAUAAUGGUGCUAAAUGUUUAAAACUGAAGUUAUUUAUGAGAGUUGACGUUAUCUAAGAAAGAAAAAAACAAAAAGAAAUUAGGUGCUUAAUAUAUAUUUUCUUGCAUCUGUAUAUUUCGCAGAAAGUUUAUUAACGAAAACCGCGUAGACUAGGGUACUAAUUUUUUAGGUAAUCCGAUUCAAUCGAAAAGAAAACAAACAAAAAAACACAUUUUAACGUUGACAUAUAAAUCUGUCCAUGUAAGAUGCAAUAACUAAGUACAACUCUGAAAUGGAUCAACUAAAUGCUUGACAAAUCAAAAUCUUUUUUAUAUAAAAAACGCGUAGUCAACCAUCUCUCUUUAUCAAAGAAAUUUUCAUUGACGGCUGGACUACUUUGUAUUACCGAUAACUAAUAUAUAUGUAAUUAUUAAUUAGAAAUGUCCGGUUUGAACAAAGAAAUUCCGUCACUAGAUAACGCAAUUGUUUGUCGAAGAUCAAAUAUAUAAUAUUUAUCACGUACAAAUUUAUUAGAUGUUGAAUGAAAUUGAAUAAGAAAAACAAAAACGUCUCAGAAAUACUUAAAUAUAUGUUUGCAGCAUAGUUUUUUUUUUUAUAUAUAUACUUAAAAACAUGUAUUCUUAGUGUAUUUUUAAUUUUUCUUAAAACUUGUAUGUAAAGUACGAAAUCGCACUCGCACAGCGUUACAUGUUGCAAGGCAAAUUUAUUUUUCGCGAGAUAGCAACACACUACAUAUAUAUUUAUAUACAAGUGACGAAAUCUCUCAGUUCGAACUUCUGUAUGUAUCCCACUACGUAUAUUUAUAAAGAAAACAAAACAGGUGUGUUCCUGGCCAAUCAGCGUGGUUACAUUCUAUUAUCGAUACAGUAAUUUUACGAACAACGGGAUUCAGGACUGCAUUCGAACAUUCCUACGCUCUAUAGAAUCUUAGAAGAUUGCACAUUCCAUUGUUAAUAAGAAUUAUAUAGUUGUAACUUUCGUUGCUUUGUUACCAUUAGCAAGCACGUUUGCAGUAUAAGUAUUUCUCAUUAAUAGACCGUAAGAGAAACAGUUUAAGGAGCAUUUUGUAGUUUAUACUUCAAGAAACUUUUAUUUACAUUUUCGGAGCAGCAGGAAGUUUUUAGCAGGAAUAAUUGUAUGAUGUGGGCAAUUUUAGGUAAACGAAAAAAUUUCAUCUAUCUGUAUAUAGACCAAACGUUACACAUGCUUAUGCAUAAAUUUUUCUCCUUUUUUUAUAUAAAGAAUUUAUCUCUUUAAACAUCAUAUUGCGGUUGUUACUAAAUAUGAUAUACAAACACAGUGGUAAGAUGCAUGUUUCAUGAAGUAACGAACUUAAAGUUUUUUCAGGCUAGUUAGCUGUUUUAUAGAUAUUCAUAAUCCACAUAAAA